UAGGACUUUUAACAGAGAAAAAUUACUCCUUAUAUUUAUCUUCGUAAUCUAAUAUUUUUUUUUUUUAAAUAUAUUGAAUUAUGCUUGAGGUUGAGUUGCGACGGUUGAGUGAUGAUGAUUUUGCGUUGUUGAGAGAAGCGAUUAAGGCUGAAACAUGAAGGAGAACCAGCAUCCCCAAACUGAAGAAAUUAUGCGCCCAGGAAAUCUUCCGAAAUUGGUCAAAAUCAACAAACAGACGUACACGUUGAAGGAAAAGCUGACUAGUGAACCUCUGCCUGGAAUAAUGCCAGAUAAAUACAGUCAUGUUAAAGCCAAAGUUGACUCAGGGCUAACCAAGAAUAAUAAGGAGGUGGCACCUGCCGAGCCCACGGACACCCCGCCCGAUUCAUGCCUAGCACUGACGCCCCAGGAGGUCACGCCAGCUGCCGAGGCACUGACGGCCCAGGAGGUGGCGUCAGCUGCCGAGGCACCGACGGCCGAGGAGGUGGCGCAGCCCUGCGGAAUAUCGGACGUCUUGGUCGAGGAUAAGUUUUUGAUGGAAGCUGCCCAACCAGCCGAGGAACCGGCGGCCCAUGAUGUGGCGGAAGCUGCCGAGGAGCCGGCGACCCAGCAGGCGGAGGAAGCUGCCGAGGAGCCGGCGACCCAGCAGGCGGAGGAAGCUGCCGAAGAGCCGGCGGCCCAGCAGGCGGAGGAAGCUGCCGAGGAGCCGGCGACCCAGCAGGCGGAGGAAGCUGCCGAAGAGCCGGCGGCCCAGCAGGCGGAGGAAGCUGCCGAGGAGCCGGCGACCCAGCAGGCGGAGGAAGCUGCCGAGGAGCCGGCGACCCAGCAGGCGGAGGAAGCUGCCGAGGAGCCGGCGACCCAGCAGGCGGAGGAAGCUGCCGAGGAGCCGGCGACCCAGCAGGCGGAGGAAGCUGCCGAAGAGCCGGCGGCCCAGCAGGCGGAGGAAGCUGCCGAGGAGCCGGCGACCCAGCAGGCGGAGGAAGCUGCCGAGGAGCCGGCGGCCCAGCAGGCGGAGGAAGCUGCCGAGGAGCCGGCGACCCAGGAGGUGGCGGCGCCACAACUGCCAGUUUACCGCCGUGACGACCAUGUCGUUUGUCCGUUUUGCAAUGAUCGCCUCUCAAACCCAUUCAACCUCAAUCGCCACUGCAGAAAUGUUCAUUCCGAGCACCCACCUCCAGAAACGUGUGGCUUGUCUCACCUUUGUCAUCUCGCAUUUGAGAACACCAGCGUUAUGCAGCUUCGCGGCUGACUACGGCUCUGGCGGCUUCCCAAGCUGAGUGUGAUCAUGAGGCCAAGCAGUAUUAAAAAUUAUAAUUUAUAAAAUGUUAAGUUUCCAGUAUCACUGGCCGAGGCGAUGCCGCGAUUCAUCCAACCAAUCAGAUUCAAGUCACGUGGUAAUGUGACGUCACAUUGAACGGCCCAGCUGGGUUGUCUAUAAAUUAAAAAUUUCGGUUUGUUGAUUAAGGAUUUAGGUAAAUCAAUUACGCACACAGACGUCACAGACUCGUCCCGAAUUUCACUAGCAAACAGGAAGCGCAGGAGCAAAAGCUGCAUUAUUUUUUACAAGUAUCAUUCCACAUUUAGUCGUCCCAGAGGCCAUGACUUAAUUCCUAGAGAAAAUAGGUGUGAUUUGGAUAAUACCCCGACCAUCCUGAGGCCUGAGGCGUCCUGUUUCUUAAUUUUAGGGAAUUUCGCUUUUUGCACUCUCCCCGGACCGGAGAUCCCGGAUGGAUAAUUAAUCAUAAUAAUGGAUAAGAUCUACGAGCUUUCUGAAAGCUCUCUUGAAAAAGGGGUGCCGGAUCUUCUGGAAACUGUAUUGUCCUUUUUACCUGAACAUUUGGAAGAGAACCUCUUUUUGGCACUUGUCUUUGUACUGUCCGUUGAAACCUUUGGCCGACAGACACCUUCAGUGCAGAAAAACGCUGAAGACUGGUUUUUGUUAGAAUUGAUGACACCAAAGACAUUCCAUCGAUGGACGUUUGCAAAUAAUGUGAACGUGACCAUUGAAUUUGUGCAGACGCCAAAUGGACUGAAUGCUCUUGUUUCUGGUGUGGUUAAGAACUUUGGCUGCAGCACCUGUUUACAAGUGACUGAGUAUGUGCCUGAUCCAAAGAACAAAAGAGUUCCUCUGAAGUUUGCAAAUCUUUGUGAUUUGUCUUCAAAAAUUAGAUCCAUGUUCUGGUUGUGCCGGAUUGAAUCUCUAUCAAUGACUGAGCAUCCGGACAAAACUGCUUUAGAGAACUUGCCUGAGCACAUCCUUGAAAGGAUCGCUUUCUUUUUGCCAAAGUUUAGACUUGGACAACUAAAAUAGAAAACUGACUGAAAUUAAGAUUUAUCCCAAAAUGUUGGGAAAGAAUUUGUAAAUACUGAAUUAAAUUGAUGAAGUGAAAAUAAAACCAGUAAUUUUCACUUGAUGGACUAGUCUUGUUUAUUUUGUAGAAAAUCUGUACAAAAUUGAAGCUCACAUUGAGAAUGAUUGGACUCAAAUUUUGUACUAUCUCAAAUUGGCACUGUUGGAUAAGAAAGUAAAAAAUGCUUCACCAGUGUAGUUUUCAAAGAGCACUAGUUUUUUAAAUUGCAUCAGUACGCUGAUAAUGCCACCGAUGCCCUGCAAAAACAUUUGCUAGUGGUUGGUGCCAUUUUGUCCAAAAUUUUUCUUAAUUUUAAAAACA